AUGAAAACAUCACCAAUUAAAGUACCAUCAUCAAUACGACGAAUUAUUGAAUUAUUUCAAAUAUUAUCCACUAAUCAAAAUGCAUCAUACCAAAGUAAAUACAUUACAAAUUAUCUACAUGAUACUUCAGAUUUAUCUUUGAGAAAUGUCAAUUGGUCAACAAUGAAUAAAAAUAUGAAUGGAGGUGUUUUUGGUAAGUACGAUAGAAAUAGAGAUCAAUUAUUGUUUUCAAAUCCCAUUCCAUUUGGUGUAAACGAGCUAUUAGAUACAAAAUCACUUUUCAAAUCUAAAAUAAAAUUCAAUUCACCUAAUGAAUUAAUUUCGAAGUACCCAAAAGGAUUCAAAAAUUCAAAUGUUUUCAUAAACGAUAUAAAAUCAUUAGUUAAUGCUUAUUAUAACCCCAAAAAAUCAAUACCAAUAAACCAAAAAUAUAGACAAAUUUUCAAAUACUACCUACAAAGAUUAAAUUCCCCUACUAAUGUGAUGAUAAUACUAAAACAAGAUCAAAGGUUAUUCUCACAGUCCUCAUUAGAAAAUUGGAAUCAAGAAUAUAUAGAGAUCUCAAAUUUUAUAAGAAAAUUGAAUUAUGACGACCAUCACCAAAAAUAUAAAGAUUCUUUUGAAAUUAGUAAAGUUGUAGAUCCUGAUAUUUUGAAUCUUUCACUUAAAAGUCAUUAUUUAUUUGAAAAUGCUAAAAAUUUGGAUAGAUCAAUUGAUCAAGCUUCUUGGGAUGAGAUUAAUACAGUCACAGAUAGGAUAGCUGAUAAUAUUACAGAGAAUCAAGAAAUGAGGUUUAUGAAAGGUAAAAAAAAAGUUGAUCCUUCAACAGAAGACCCCUUAUUAGAUCAACAAAUUUCGGAAGUAUUUGAUCUACUUGGGAAAUUUGGUAAUGAUGAUUUGAGUUUUAUAUUGCAAGAUUUUAAAUUUGAUUUGAUAUAUAAUCAGUUUUUUAUGUUGAAUGUCUUGAAUUCAAAAACUGAUUAUAGUCAAAUUUUAGAGUAUUUGCAUAAACAUUCGUCAUUUGAUGUCAUUGGAAUCAAAGAAAAUAAUUUAGUACACAAAUAG